AAAUACAAAUAAUAAAUAACUAUUAUUUACGCUUUAUGGACGUUGGUUUUCAGUUUUUUUUUUUAUUCUUAAUGAAUUUCCAUGGACCAUAGCUCUGCACACAGAACCAGAGAUUCUUCCUCUCCCAUGGGCUAAGUGAAAAAAAAAAACAGGUAUAACUCUCAAUCUGCAGUUAUGGCUAAAGAAGACAUAAGUGCUCGAAAAGGCUCUCCAGUUAAGGCAGUUAAUGGAGACUAUAGCUGCAAGUCAUGUGCAGAAGGAAUCAGUUGCAGAACAGUGAGAUCGAGAACGAAGCUGAUGAACGUUCUGAUAGAAUGUGGAAGGCCACACGAAGUGGAAACCGUCUUCAGAACUUUGAUAGAUGCAGGCCAUAAACCGUCCUUGAUCACAUACACGACUCUCCUUGCUGCAACGACGGUUCAGAAGCAUUACGGCUCGAUACGCUCCAUAAUCUCACGGGUCGAACGGAGCGGGACAAAACCGGACUCAAUCUUCUUCAACGCAGUGAUAAACGCCUUCUCUGAAUCGGGGGAAAUGGACGACGCGUUGGGAACUUUGUCGAAAAUGAAAGAACUCGGUCUGCAACCCACCACCAGCACGUACAACACGUUGAUCAAAGGGUAUGGAAUCGCUGGCAGGCCCGAGAUUUCGUCAGAGCUGUUGGAUUCGAUGCUUGAAGAUGAGAAUAGCGGCGUCAGGCCCAAUCUCAGAACGUUUAACGUGCUCAUUCAAGCUUGGUGCAGGCAAAACAACGUCGAGGAGGCGUGGAAUGUGGUCCGUAAGAUGGAAGGAUGCGGAAUUCAGCCUGAUACAGUGACUUACAACACGAUAGCAACGUAUUAUGUGCAGAAAGGGGAGACCAGGAGAGCAGAAGAGGUGGUGGUUGAGGAGAUGAUGAUGAAGAAGAAGAAUAAGCAGAAAGUGAAGGUGAAUGGAAGAACUUGUGGGAUUUUGGUUGGAGGGUAUUGCAGAGAAGGGAAAGUGAGAGAUGGAUUGAGAUUUGCCCGUAAAAUGAAAGAUUUGGGAGUGUAUCCGAAUCUUGUGGUACUCAACUCUUUGAUCAAAGGUUUUACUGAGGUCAUGGACCGUGAUGGCAUCUAUGAGGUUCUAAGCCUGAUGAAAGAGUGCAAGGUCAAGCCUGAUGUAAUAACAUACAGCACAGUGAUGAACGUUUGGAGCUCAGCAGGGUACAUGGACAAAUGUGCACAAGUGUUCGAAGAGAUGAUCAAUGCCGGAGUCAGACCAGACGCUCACGUUUACAGCAUUCUCGCAAAAGGGUACAUUAGGGGGAAAGAACCCGAGAAGGCCGAAGAGAUUCUGGAGAGGAUGAUCGAAUCGAAACAUGAAUGCAGACCCAACGUCGUGAUCUUCACCACUGUGAUCAGUGGGUGGUGCAGUGGCAGAAGGAUGGAAGAUGCCAUUAGGGUUUUCGAUAAGAUGUGUGAAUUCGGGGUUUCGCCUAACCUGAAGACGUUCGAGACGUUGAUGUGGGGUUACUUGGAGGCCAAGAAACCAUGGAAAGUGGAAGAGGUGUUGCAGUUGAUGAGAGAGUUCGGUGUCAAGCCCGAGAAAUCAACAUUCAUGCUGUUAGCAGAAGCUUGGCGUGUAGCUGGAAUGGCGGAAGAGUCUGACUUUGUGCUUAAUGCAUUGAAGAGCGGAGAGAUACCCAUUGACAGGUUAGAGAAGCUUUACCAGAAGCAGACAUGGAGCUGUAACCAGUUGCAGAUUCCGGUCGGAAAAUGGGCAAUGUCGACUGUCAAAUCCAUGAUGAGCCUAUCUGUUCAGACGGGUAAACUCGGAGCUAGGGCACGUAUCAUUUGCCAGAAGCAGUCUCAAGGGCAAUUUGGGAUCUACAACCAGCUUGCUUCACAUUCAUGUACAGUGUUUCUGAACUGAAGAACCCAAAAAAAGGACUGGCUCCACCCUGUUGUCCAUGUUCAUGUCUGAAGCUGAAGAUUUGAACCUCAUUCUCCUUCUUCGUCUUCUUUUGUUGAAAUUUAUGUGUUUAAUACUAUGAAAACUCACUCUGUGUACAUUCAUAUAAGAUUUGUUAUAUAUAUAUAUAUAUAUCACAGUUCUUACACA